GGAUAAGGCUGAAGAGAUACGGGUGCUACAGGCAUUGAUCGAAAAUGGCCGGUUCUUCCAUAUUCUCUUUGGUCUCUCCAUUUCUUGGCUGCAACGACUGCAAAACCACUAGCCUGUCCUCCUUUACAUUUCCACGCCACGCAGUACAACGAUUAUCCGAUGUGAAAAGAACGCCGCUUUGGCUCAAGAGGAGCCCUUUCAAGUCAGCAGCCAUCACUGCCAAAGUCGCCUUGCAGUAUCGGAAGCUCGGCGACUCCGAUCUUCAAAUCAGUGAAAUCACUUUGGGAACCAUGACAUUUGGAGAACAAAAUACAGAGAAGGAAGCUCAUGAAAUGCUCAGCUAUGCUUUUGAACAUGGCAUCAAUGCUCUCGACACUGCAGAAGCUUACCCGAUUCCCAUGCGGAAAGAGACGAAUGGAAGAACUGAUCUCUUCAUUGCUAGCUGGCUGAACUCUCAGCCUCGCGAUAAGGUUAUUUUGGCAACAAAAGUGUGUGGCUAUUCAGAGCGAUCGACUUAUCUACGGGAACGGGAAGGUAUAAAAGCUUUGCGGGUCGAUGCUGCUAAUAUUAGAGAAAGUGUAGAGAAAAGCCUUCAGCGUCUCAACACUGAUUACAUUGAUUUAUUGCAAAUUCAUUGGCCAGAUCGGUAUGUGCCGUUGUUCGGCGAGUAUUUCUAUGAUUCUUCAAAAUGGAGACCAAGCAUCCCAUUUGUGGAGCAACUUAAGGCUUUUCAGGAGAUUAUUGAUGAAGGAAAGGUACGCUAUAUCGGAGUUUCUAACGAGACCUCGUAUGGAGUGAUGGAGUUUGUUCAUGCAGCUAAAGUUGAAGGACUACCGAAGAUCGUUAGUAUCCAAAACAGCUAUAGUCUGAUGGUCAGGCGUUUCGAGGUUGACCUGAUUGAAGUUUGCCACCCGAAGAAUUGCAACAUCGGCUUGCUUUCAUAUUCUCCGCUCGGCGGUGGAACACUGAGCGGAAAAUAUCUAGAUAUCGACUCCGAAGCAGCGAAGAAAGGAAGGAUGAACCUUUUUCCUGGCUAUAUGGAAAGAUAUAACAAGUCAAUUGCCAGGGAAGCUACGAUAAAAUACAUUGAAACGGCGAAAAAGCAUGGACUGACUCCGGUGGAACUCGCGCUCGGAUUCGUACGGGAUCGGCCAUUUAUGACGAGUUCAAUCAUCGGCGCGACCUCGGUCGACCAGCUCAAGGAAGAUAUCGAUGCUUUUUUGACAACUCCACGACCUUUGCCUUCGGAGGUAAUGGAAGAUAUUGAAGCCAUUUUCAAAAGAUACAAAGAUCCCGCCAUUCUAUGAGAUCAAACAGUUCCAAGCAUGCCGUUUU